AUGCCCAAUUCAUUUGUUACAGCAAGUACAAGUAGUGCGCUGGAAGGGAUAACAGUCGUUGCUGGAAGUGCAGGAAAAGUCACAAAUUUUGCAGCAUUUGCUCCAUUGAUCACCGAUGUAUCGAAAUUAGUUGAAGAAACCGUAAAUCUCUACCAAACUGCCGAACACAAUAAACGUGUUUGUGGUGUACUAUUGGAUCGUAUGAUUGCGGCAGAAGCUGCCGUGAAGAAUCUCAAAAUACAUCAAAGUGAAUAUCUUGAAUUCUUUAAAAACAUUAAUAAUUUUAUAACUUUUCAGAAGCUUAAAAAUACGAUCGAAGGAACCAAACGAUUUAUUUCAGAAAUUUCACAAAUGAAGGGUCUAAGGAAAUUUACGACUGGCGUAUCACAAACUAAUCAGAUCAAAAGAAAGUUUGAAGAAUUGACGUUAGAAUUUGAUGGGCUUAUGGCACAAUUGCAUUUUACUAUCACUAUUGAUGCCAGGUCACAACAGCGAAAAGAUCAUGAAUACCUUGAUACAAUUAAUGGUGGUAUUGUAACUCAUCAUGAUGAAAUUUCAUUUGACAUCGAAGGAAUACAAGCACUAAAUUCACUUUAUCAAAGGCAACAAAAACAACAAGCCAUAAACAUGCAACAAAUAAAUGUAUUAGAAAUUAUUGGAGAUAAGCCAUUGGAUAUUAAUAAAUUUUUUCCAGCAAGAGAAGAAAAUAAUGAAGGAAAAGUGCAAAAACGCAGAAGAAAAUUAGAUAAUAAAGAUGUGGCAUUCAAAAUGGUGGCCUUGGUGGAGGAGCCGGAAUCAAAUAUUCAAGUAACAAUUCUAAAGAAACUAUGCAAAUCCCCAAAUAUCAUUCAAUUCUAUGGCUUGGCAAAUGAAGGCACUAAAAAGUAUUUAGUCACUGAAUGGGCGCAAUAUGGAAAUCUUCGAGAAUUCUAUACGCAACACCCUAAUUUGUUUGAUUGGAAAAGAAAGAUUGAAUUUGCCCUGGAUAUUUGUCGUGGAUUAUCUUAUCUUCAAGCAGUCGACAUUAUUCAUCAUGACAUCCGAAGUGAAAAUAUUUUCAUUUGCGAUGGUUAUAAAGCAAAAAUCGGAAAUUUUCGUCUCUCGAGAGGGCUUAGUGAAGCCACAAGAAAUAUUAGAGCAAAUGUUGAUAGUGUACGUUAUAUGGCGCCUGAGAAAUUAAGUAAUCGAAAAUAUUAUUAUGAAUCUAAGUGUGAGAUUUACAGCUUUGGGAUAUUACUGUGGGAAAUAGCAGAAGCAAAAAGACCUCAUGAAGAUAUUCUGUAUGAUAUUGUCAAAAUACGUCAGAGGACACCUCCGUCACCUAAGAUAAGGCAUGCUAAUGUAGAAAGUCAUCAAACUCAACAAGAUGACGACCAGCAAGACGAAGAUGAACCCAAAUUUCCAGAAGAAUUAGUAAUUGUAACCCCUAAGAUACCAUUAUCUGAUGCUAUCAAAGAACACAAAAAGAAAAACAAACAGCUUGCAUGGACAACAUUUAAUGAAUAUAAGGCCAUUGGAGAUCCCCUUGGAAAAUAUUGGGUCGGAUACUACCUUUACUACAACAUUCUUGAAUGGUCCGAAGCAGAAAAAUCUAAAGAACAGCGAUUACGUGAGGCAGCAAACUUAUUCAAACAGGCAGCAAAUGACUGUGAAAUCCCGGAAGCUGAACUUCGAUAUGGUUAUUGUCUAUGGAAUGGAGAUGGCGUUGAAAAAGAUGUUUCACAUGCAUUGAAUUAUUUCAUUCGGUCGGCUGAUCAUGGGAAUGUCAUUGCGUUGGGAAUUCAUACUAUAAUGGAUUAG